AUGUCAGUGCAAGAGUCCAAGACCAAGACGAUCGUGGUUGAGCUGUAUACUCCGUCAGACCAGCAGCCGCCGUGGCCAGCACUAGGUACUGCCCGCAGCAUCGCAAUCUUCUCGGGAUCUGAUGAGUCGUUUGAGUUCGCUCGCAAUUGUAUCCAAGACUGCAUGUCGAACGCGACACAUGGCGCAUGCCGGAAAUCUUCCCAGAUCACACUCCCGACGCGACUCAUAGAUGUCCAAGGCAACGACCAGGACAUAAGGCUUGUCGAGCUGAGCGGAAAGAAGGUCGAGUAUAUUACACUAAGCUACUGCUGGGGUCCCGGCUCAGCAGUGACAACGACAAGCACGAACUUGAGCCAAAUGCGAGAAAGGAUCGAUUGGGAUACCUUGCCGGUCCUGUUUCAGGACGCCAUCACGAUCACGCGCCGGCUGAACAUCAGCUAUCUGUGGAUCGACGGCCUAUGCAUCAUCCAAGAUGACAAAAAGGACUGGGAAACUGAAUCCUCCAAGAUGAGCGACAUCUAUGAGGCCUCGUACGUAACAAUCGCCGCAGACACUUGUAAGAACAAUACUCAUCGCUGUCUGGUACACCGCCCGAAACGCCUGCGCCUUGAAUACCGGAACACGCGGGGCAAGGCGUUUACAAUCAAAGCGCGAAAAGUUUCCAACCACCACGAAGCACCGGAGGAGGAUUUGGCCUUCCAAGCGCAAGGGCCCUUGAGUGCUCGAGCUUGGGCAUUGCAGGAGAACGUGCUAUCCCCACGUAUUCUGCACUAUACAGAGACCGAGCUCACGUUUGAGUGCCGUACUGCAUACCGUUGCGAGUGCAAUCCCAUUCCAAAGAGAGAAGCUACAACUCCAGGCCUAUUACCCAAACUGCUCUUGUCGACGAAACAGCGUACCAAGGUAUUCAGAAACUGGCACCGCAUCGUCGCACAGUACACCCUCCGGAAGCUGACCGUGGCAUCUGACAAGCUUCCGGCGAUUUCAGGUAUUGCAAAGAAGGUCUCAACUGCCACCGACUCCGCUUAUCUUGCGGGGCUGUGGAACGACAAUCUGAUCGAGGACUUACUGUGGGCUUCUGGACCGCAUCUCGAAUCGCCGCACCUCGCCCGGAGAUUGAAUGAGUACCGUGCGCCGAGCUUUUCAUGGGCCUCGGUAGACACUCAGAUCCAGCCUUUUGAGGAGAGGGAGGGCGAGAACGUCGAGUUGAGUCCCCACAUCUCGAUUGCGCAAACCUCGUGCACUGUUUCUGGCCUCAACCCGCUAGGUGCGGUUACGGACGGGUUCAUUGAUCUUUGCGGACCUGUGGCAGAAGCGACAUUGGUGGCUCCGACACGCUACGAAUUCGAGUACCACUUAGUGAUGACCAGUGGCACGACUGCUGUGGGCAUCUCCCCAGACUCUCUGUUGGUGCAGGACCCGGUCGAGGACACCACAGUGUCACAACAAGGGACUGUACGGCGUGGGAAAGAGGGAGAGAGCUACAAUCCUUUCAAAGCACGGGUAUGGUGCCUUGUCGUCGCGGGCCAUUCCCACGGCUGCAUCUCAGGCCUCGUCUUGACAAAGUCGUUGCGAGUCCCUGGGGCUUAUGAACGAAUAGGCUAUUUUAGCUGUGGAAACGACUGGCUGACCGGGGCAAACAAGCAGGAGAUUCGAAUUGUGUGA